GUUCCGUUCGGGGAGGUGGAGAGCGUGAGGGACUGGCUGGGCCUGGGGUCAGCGUUGGGCUCCGUGUCACGGCCGGCCCGGGAGCACCCCCGGAGGCCGGUGCUGGGGCUGCGCUGCCUGCGCUCCGAGGUGAGCGGCGCCCGCUUCUGGGGGCUGUUCCGGCAUCUGUGCGGCCCGUCCGGCCCGCGCUCCCUCUUCCGCAGCUGCUUCGUCCACAACCUGUGCCCGCUGGCCUUCCUGGACGAGAGAGGCAGGAACGUGACCCCUGCCGAGCUCCCGCCCGGACCUCGGGGUGAGCUGCUGCAGGCCUGUGGCGCCGCCCUUGACCGUGUGGUCCGCCUGCUGGGGGUCAGCACCGUGGUGGGGGUGGGGCGGCUGGCCGAGCAGACGGCCAGGCGGGCCCUGUCUGGCUCGGAGCCCAUGGUGAGGGUGGUAGGCCUGCCCCACCCCUCGCCGCGCAACCCCAAGGCCAACCGGGGCUGGCAGCGGGAUGCCACCGACCGCCUGGAGCAGCUGGGGAUCACCAGGCUGCUGACCCCCGACCCCCAACUGGCCCCCGACCAGCAGCUUACUCCUGGCCCCGAUCCCCAACUGACCCCUGCCCCGCUCCCGGCACCUCUGACCUCUGACCCCCAGAUUGUGCGGCCCUUCUGGCCAUCCUCCAGUCUGCGUGCUAUCCCCUUGUUUGUCCGACAGCACCGGUCCCGCCCGCGCCCUCCAUCCCAUUGGUGGCUGGGCCCGCGACUCCCAACUCCCAUUGGUCCAUCUGGCCGUCCAUCAGAGCGGUCCCGCCGAGCACCUUUCUAUCCGAUUGGCCGAUGGCGGAGGCCAAGGCCGAUUGGCGGGCACGGCCGUCCAUCACGGUUCUCGUCUCCCAUUGGCGGCCAGCACGGAAGAGGGCGUCAACCCACUGUGGCGCUGUCCGCUUUCUAUUGGAGGAGACGGCCGUCCAUCAACGGGUGGGCUGCCGCGUGUCCACGCGUACCAAUGGUCAGGAUGGGCGCCGGGGGUGGGGGGAACCGGAAAUAG